GCCACGGCUAUCUUGUUUACUUUCGGCGGAAGCUGGUGCGCACAACAAAGGUUGUGCGUCUGCGUGCAAGGUACUCGACGGCCAUCUGAGCAUUCAAUUUCGGGCACUCGCACUCGACGCCCAUUAUACGAAAAAAAGAAACAUACAACCGCAACCACAACAAGGCGUGUAUGUGUGGGGCGGGACUUACACUCCGCUUUCACCAUGCCACGUCACCGUUAUGGCGGCGAAAGCAGCCACACGCAGAGGCGAGGACAACAUGUAAGCUGCAGUGAGGCAAAACGGAACGGAGAAGCGGAAAGGAGCACAAGCGGUGAUGGAAGCGCCGCGACCGUACCAGCCUUGCAAGUCGUUCAUUCGCCCGCGUACCACACAGCAUCGCUAUGCAGCUCCUCGGCGUCGUCAGACGCAUUCGUCUCUCCGUGCGACAGCGAACACGGUGACGGCCUUGUAGAUGAAUCGUCGUUGCCGUGUGAGUCCACCAUAGCGAUCAAUUCGACCGGUAGCAAGGAACGCCAACGUAGCAGUCGUGAGGUGAGAGUGGGAAGGCAAGUAAGCGACCGACACGCGCAACCCGAGCAGCGCGCAUUCGCAGCCCCAACUCUUCCCACCGCAUCCACGAUCCACGCAACACACAACCAAGAGUACCCAAGUAGAGUCUCUAACCCAGCUGCUUCCUCUUCUCACGCCGCCGCUUCACCUUCUCUCUCACCACCGCCCCCACCGCGCACCCACUUUCAGUACGUUCACAGCUUCGAGUACCGCUGCUGUCUUGCGGCAAAGAUACGUGCCCUCUACGGUGCUGAAUCGAUCCCGGUUAUUGUCGAGCCGGCGGAGUCGCACCUGCGUACGCCGUCGCCUUCUGCUCCUCCAUACGAGUCGCCAAGGCUCGCUGCAGAGACGCGCAUCCACAUCGCCGGAAUUGGGCAAGGGCUGCUCGCUCGCUUUAGAACGCAGGAGACGAGCACUCGGAGUUCCAGUGCGGGCACGACGACUUCUCCUCCCCUGCAAGCGUCUACCGCCUCAGCGCUGGCGUCUCCUUCUACUCGUAGUACGCUGAAGUGCGUGCUGCCGCGCUCCAAGACGGUUGCGGAGGUGAUCCUAACGUUGCGUGAUCGGCUCGCACUUGACAGCUGCCAGUCCCUUUUCCUCUCCGUUGGCGAAAGCGACGCUCUGGUGCCCGGAAAUUCACUACUCGGAGACCUGUACCAGCGCUACCACCAUCGCGACGGCCUACUCUAUUUGAGCUAUUUGCUGGAAAACACAUUUGGUUGA